AUGUCUUUAACAAAUGGCCACAAUGUGAACAAGGAAACAUGGGAUUCACACAACAAGAUGAUGCUGGAGCCUCUGUCCGUCAACGACUCGGAGGUGUUCUCCAUUAUAAAAAAAGAGAAACACAGGCAGACGUACGGUCUGGAGCUGAUAGCGUCGGAGAACUUUGCCAGCAGAGCCGUUCUAGAGGCUCUGGGUUCCUGCAUGAACAACAAAUACUCAGAGGGAUAUCCCGGUCAGAGGUACUAUGGUGGUACGGAGCAUGUUGAUGAGCUGGAGAGACUCUGUCAGAAGAGAGCACUAGUGACCUAUGGUCUGGACUCAGACAAAUGGGGCGUCAACGUGCAGCCAUACUCAGGUUCCCCUGCUAACUUUGCAAUCUACACGGCCGUUGUGGAGCCCCAUGGCAGGAUCAUGGGGCUGGACCUUCCUGAUGGAGGUCACCUGACACACGGCUUCAUGACUGAGAAGAAGAAAAUUUCAGCAACGUCCAUCUUCUUUGAGUCCAUGCCGUAUAAGGUGAAUCAAGAAACUGGCUACAUUGACUAUGACAGACUGCAAGAAAACGCUCGGCUGUUCCACCCCAGACUCAUCAUUGCAGGAACGAGCUGCUAUUCCCGCAACCUAGAGUACGGCCGCCUGAAGCAGAUCGCUAAUGAGAAUGGUGCAUAUUUGAUGGGAGACAUGGCUCACAUCAGUGGAUUGGUGGCUGCCGGAGUGGUGCCCUCACCCUUUGACUACUGUGACAUUGUUUCCACGACAACACACAAGACGCUGCGUGGCUGCCGCGCUGGACUCAUCUUCUACAGGAAAGGCGUGCGGAGUGUCGAUGCCAAGGGGAAGGAGACUCUGUACAACUUGGAGUCUUUGAUCAAUCAGGCUGUGUUUCCAGGGCUGCAGGGAGGACCACACAACCACGCUAUUGCAGGUGUUGCUGUAGCUCUCAAACAAGCCAUGACGCCGGAGUUCAAGGCCUACCAGCUACAGGUUCUUGCUAACUGCAAAGCUCUAUCCAGUGCCCUUAUUGACCACGGCUACAAGAUUGUCACUGGCGGUUCCGACAACCAUCUGAUUCUGCUGGACUUGCGCAACAAAGGAAGUGAUGGAGGACGAGCUGAGAAAGUUUUGGAAGCCUGUGCUAUUGCUUGUAAUAAGAACACCUGUCCAGGGGAUAAGAGUGCUCUGCGCCCGAGUGGUCUGAGGCUCGGCUCUCCAGCUCUGACCUCCAGAGGCAUGAUGGAGGAGGACUUCAAGAAGGUUGCCGAGUUCAUUCACAGAGGUAUUGCGCUGACCUUGGAGCUGCAGAGAAGCCUGGAUCCCAAAGCCACUCUGAAGGAGUUCCUUCAGGCGCUGGCCCAGGGGGAGAAGUUCCAGCAGCGGGUAUCAGAAAUCAGGGGAGAGGUGGAGGGUUUCGCUGGUCAGUUCCCCAUGCCUGGCCUACCUGAGCUGUAAAGGGCAGCAGUUCAGACAUUAAUCACACUGGACUGAUGAUUAUAACAAAUGUUAUAAUGCCAAAUUUUGGUGGUGUGUUGUGUGUAUAUUAUUUAAGUGUACACCUCUUAAUUCUGUCACUGCUCAAAUCAAGACACUUCCUCAUUACCUCACAACAGUUCAGUUUUAGCAGAUUGUUUUUAGCAGAUUUGUUUUAAUAGAAAGAUUUGCAGACUUCAUUGUUGUCAAAUUAUCCAGUGUUGCUAUGAGCCUAUGCGGUUUUAAAUGGGUGUUGUUUUACAAUGUAGCCUUGGUCUCGGUUGUUCCGAUCACAGUUCAGCUUUAAUCUUGUCCGAAAUCAUUUCUUUUGUAUUGAAAUUACAAAGUUUUCUUACAGACUGUACUGCAGAUUGAAUCACAAAGCAUGACUACUACUUUCAUACAUGAGUAUUCUAUAUCAUUAUACUGUAUACAUAUACAGUAUAAUAAAUGAAAAAAAACACAAUUGUUGCAAUUAAAGACUCCAUAAUGAAUGAAACGACAGCUAUUGUGUAUGAGCUUUCAAUUUAACUGCAAACUGGUGCAGACUCCUUUUAAACCAAAACCUCUGCAAACAUCAUACCUCAUAUUAUUUGGUGAAAUUAACAAUGUCAGCAGGAUCACUGUCUGAAAUGCAUUCCUCUGUAAAUUUGCACCCUGAGGUGUUAAAUGAGGAAGACUGAAUGUUAUAUUAAAAGAGACACAUUAUUUAUCCCCACUCUGAAUCUUCUGGACCUGAUAUCAAUUCAAAUCAGAUAGUGCGGUAGGUAAAACAAUAGCAUAUGUGCAUGCUGUCAUAUUGAAAAUAUAUAUCAGAUAACCGUAUUCUCGAUGUAAUGGGAUCAGUAAUUUGUUAUCUUGAGAAAACAAUCUGUUUUCCAAAGGAGUAUUUGACAUAAAUUCCAUAGAUGGCUGGAUAAAAUCAAAUUAUUGCAGCCACAGAUGUUCUCUGCUUCUGCACAACUCCAAUGAAAUCGUGUUGCUAUAAGAAUAAAUAUGAUGAAAAAUCA